CCGGCCUCCUCCUUAUCCUGGGCAUUGAACCCAACCGUGUCAAUUCUCUCUACCUUACUACUUUCCCCCAAGGCUAAACCGUCACAUCUACGCAUCUACUACAAAUCACAGAUUUGUUUCUUUCCUUAGUCGGGUACCGUACCUGGCGCAUGUAGCCAUUAACUUCUUAUUCUACAACAGUCUUUGCCAUAUUUUCUCUUACAUCUAUAUUCCUCGCUUUUCCACGGGGAAUUGAGACAUCUUCAUACAUCAGAUUCUCUCGACGCCCCAGCAGCGCGGAUCGCAGAAAAAAAAAUUGAGCCCCAGUUCGCGAUACUUUUUACCCUGCGCAUCAUCGCCUAAUUACUCCCACGACACUCUUCUACAUCGGAAUCAACCGACCGUUAUCUCGGCUAUUGACCGUUUACCUUCCAUGUCUUCUUCUAUUUAGCGUUGUCUCUCCUCCCAAAUUCGAUUCCACGCGUCAGACGCGCUCUUUCACCAUCUCGCAGGCCGCGUGCCUCGAGCUAACUUAAUCCCAUUCUAAUAUAUCGAACUAUCACCAUGUCGGCUUUCGGUGGAUUCGGCACCGGUGCUGGCGGUAGCGGCUUCGGCAGCAACUCCAACAAUACCUCUACUGGAUUCGGUGGAUUCGGUAACAAUAACGCGACCAAUACACCAGGCUUUGGCGCAAAUACUACCACCAGCGGCUUUGGUGCUCCCGGCAAUACAGGAGGUGGCCUAUUCAGUUCUGGGAGCACACCGUCCAGCUUCGGUACCAACACCGGUGCAUUCGGAUCGACGAGCAAUACCGGCGGCGCGUUUGUUUCCAAGCCUGCUUUCGGCAGCACACCUACGAGCGGCGGCUUGUUUGGUGCCUCUACCACAUCGACAUCGGGUGGUUUCGGUGGCGGCUUCGGAGCUACAAACAACGCUUCAACAUCAAGCCCUUUUGGUGGCGGUAGUGGUGGCGGUACUGGUUCGUCCAUCUUUGGAAACAAUAAUAAACCGGCCUUUGGAACUUCGAACACUGGAACGACAGGCACUGGGCUCUUUGGAGGUGGGACCACGACUAAUAAUACCGGCACCUCGACUGGCUUUGGCGCAUUUGGUAGCACAUCGAACGCUCCCACCAGUACAGCACUGGGUCCGGUGGGCGACCCUCCUGGUACUGGUAAUAUUACGAACUUCCAGCCCUUGGUAGAAAAGGAGAGCCCUGCCAGCUCUGCGCAGAACUCUUUCCAGAAUAUCCUAUUCCAGGACCCGUACAAAAAAUGGUCCGCGGAAGAGCUAAGACUUGCUGAUUACGCAGCCGGACGUCGUUAUGGCGGCACCUCAGGUACUGGGACCUUCGGUGUCGGUUCCGGCUUUGGUGCAUUCGGCACGAAUAACCAGCCAACAAAUUCAUUUGGCACCUCGAACCCGACUGCGAAUACCGGUGGCGGUUUAUUCAGUAAUGCCCCGUCAUCUGGUGGGUUUGGAGCACAGAAUAACUCCACCGCGGGUGGUUUUGGCACCAACACCAGUGCUGGCGGUGGUCUAUUUAGCGCCAACAAGCCAGCACCGACAGGCGGCUUAUUUGGCAGCUCUGCGACGCCUCAACCGGCGCAAUCCGGUGGUGUAUUUGGCACUGGAAACACUGGGUUCAACACUGGUAAUACUGGCACUGGUUUCGGAUCUACGAAUGCCAACACCGGAAGCUCGUUGUUCUCGAACGCCAAUAAUCAGCAGAAGUCCGGUUUCAGUUUCAGCAAUACAGGUAACAAUACUACAGGUGGCUUCGGCGGCAAUACUGGUGGUUUUGGUACCAACAAUAAUACGGCUGGAGGUGGUGGUCUCUUCGGUAACACCAACAAUACCAACCAGACUGCUGGAACUGGCCUCUUCAGCAAUGCGAACCAGCAGAAUACUGGUGGUGUGUUCGGUGGCGGCGGCGGCGGCGGCGGAGGCGGCGGUGGUUUUGGGACCCAGAAUCAACAACAACCCGGAUCGUCCCUAUUUGGCAAUACACAACAGAAGCCGGCAGGGACAGGCCUAUUUGGGAGCACCACAGCCGCUCCUGGAGCCGGUGGCGGUCUAUUUGGCGCAUCGAGUAAUACCGGCGGUGGCUUUGGAGCAACCAAUAAUCAGUCUGGUGGGCUUUUUAACAAACCUGCCACUGGCACUGGUACCUCUGGGCUAUUUGGGAACACUGGUGCGGCUCAGAACACCAAUACUGGAGGUGGCUUGUUUGGAGGUUUAGGUCAGAAUAAUCAGAAUCAGCAGCAACCACAACAAAAUUCCGGCCUCUUCGGCUCGAGUCUUGGCCAAUCCCAGCAGAAGCCAGGUCUGUUCGGAAGUACCACACAGACGGUCGGCGGUGGCCUUUUUGGAAGCCAAUCCAACCAGCAACAGGGCUCAUCCAUAUUCGGGACGUCGACUACACAGCAGCAGCCGCAGAAUAAUGGGAUGGGAGGCUCUUUGUUUGGCAGUUUGCAGGGCAACCAGGCUAUACCGUCUUUGACUGCAAGCAUUAAUGAUCCAACAGCGUACGGGUCUCUAUUUGCUAACCUAGGCAACAACGAGGUGUCUGAUCCCGGCCCACUUGCAACGCCGUCGAAAAACAAGCAAGCUAGGCGGCCCUCUAUUCUCCCCUAUUAUAAGCUGAACCCAGCCUCUGCGUCUCGAUUUGUUACGCCGCAGAAGCGUGGGUAUGGCUUCUCUUACAGCACCUACGGGACUCCAAACAGCUCCUCAAGCGUAUCUAGCACCCCAGGUGCACUGGCGCAAAGUCUGUUAGGCGGUGGUAGUUUGUCACGUAGUCUAGGCAGCUCCCUUGCUAAGAGUGUCUCGUCGAGCAGUCUUCGACGGAACUUCAAUAUCGAGGAUAGCCUGUUGGCCCCUGGUGCAUUCUCUGCUAGCUCUGGAUCAAGGCUGUAUGGCGGUGGCAGCGUCAAAAAACUUGUUAUCAAUAAGGAUUUACGCAGUGAUUUGUUUUCAACUCCUACAAAAGACAAGAGUUUGCCCGAGACUCCCAACAGUUCUCGAAAGCUAACCAAACGAGUCAGCUUUGAUACUAGCAAUGUUGAUGCCAUUGAAGAUGGAGAAGCUGCACAUGGAUCAAACAACUCCACUCCGAGCGCAGAACAGUUAGGCUAUGUUCGACCGAAAAACGUCAAUGGAGUUAACGGCUCCAAGUCAAAUUCUGUCCCCGAAAUGGAGCAGGUGAAGGGUAACGAGCUAGCGGUGGUACAUGAAGAGGAAGCCGUCUCGCCCGAAGGCCGUAACUCAGCGACAGCCGCCUCUGGUGGAGAACCUGGUAAUUAUUGGAUGAAACCAACUAAGGAAGAAAUCCAACUCAUGAAUAGGGUCCAACGCCAAAAGGUCCCCAACUUCACUGUUGGACGCCAGAACGUUGGCUAUGUUAAGUUCAGGGUGCCUGUUGACCUGACUUCAGUCGAUAUCGACAAUAUAUUCGACAACAUCGUCAUCCUCGAAACGCGGUCCGCAACCGUGUAUCCCAAUGCUGCUAAAAAGCCGCCUGUUGGCAAAGGUUUGAACGUUCCCGCGUUGAUUAACCUUGAGCAUUCGUGGCCUCGUGCUUCUCGGAAAGGAAAGCCUAUUCCACUGACGAGACAUAUCGAACGCUUAAAAAGAAUUCCGGACACUAAACUUGAGAACUACAAUACGGAAACAGGCGAAUGGACCUUUUCAGUGGAACACUUCACUACGUACGGGCUAGACGAGUCUGAUGAGGACGAGGAGAGUGAAGUCAAGUCGUCCGCUGGCCCAUUGACUUACCCAUUAAAAAGGGCCCAAUCGCCAUCGCCAGUUCCUGGUUCUGAUGAUGCUGCGUCCGAUGUGAGUGACAUUUUGAAGGGUAAACGAAGCCAUCCUGCACCACCAGGUGCUUUUGAUCCUGAUCAUGAUUCUUACGUCGAAGACGAGGCGGAAAUGGCGGCAGUUGCUGGACCCCAGCCGUCUUUUUUAGGUAAUCGCUCCGUGGGUUCUACGUCCAAUGCUCUUGUCCCUGUGGAUCAAGACGAUAUGGACGAUGAAUAUGCGACGUCCGAGGCACACGAAGAUGCGAGUGCUUCCCUCGGACAGCAUCUUGCCGCGGAGCGUGACGACAACUCGUUCGACGGGUCGCAGUUCGACACUGUGCCAGAGACCCCUGCCGGUAUCAUGAGAGCCCGGAUGCGAGCAAUAAAAGGCUCGGCGACACCGAUGAAAGUUCAGGUCUCAUCCGGAGAUGACUGGAUGGACAUGCUCAGCAAGACGAUUAGCCCAAAAAAGCGGGAUAGGGCGCUCUUAAAAACAAUCAACGAAACCGAUCACUAUCGUGCGCUAGAUGAGGCCCCUCGCGAGGCAUCUCCUACAAAGAAACGCAUCGUACCGGAUAGCCGGGGUUUUGCAACGAGUAUUGAUUUGAUGAACUCAUUGUUUGAAAAGGCCAAGACUCCGGCUGAGAAUCUACAAGCAUCUGUGCGCCCAAACGGUGUCAAGUGGCCAUACAAACGACUCACUAAGCACCUCGAUGAAAGUAAGAUGGACGAAAAAGACCGGAUUUGGCACGACACCAUACGACCAACCUGGGGCCCAAAUGGCACGCUCGUAUUUUCUGCGACUCCUAGUAGCUCGGCAUUUGGGAGAUCAAGUCGUUUAUCUGAAAAAAAUGGACUCAUGAUGGUGUUAAAAGGUGGUAUAGUAUCGGAAUCACAGGAUAUCCGAAUUGCCAAAUUCACGAAUGAGAUGUCAGCUAGAGCCAUUGAUGCGCACACCAAAUUAGCACAAGUUCAACUUAUCGACGGCGUACCAACUGUUAGAUUGAACCCAAAGACAGUACUGAAGGACUUCUCUGUUGGAGGCAACGCCAAGAAUUCAGCCGAGGAGCACGAGAAACUCGUAUGGGAGCUUGCUAGCGUACUUUUCGACAGUAUUAAGGUUCCCGCAGACCUUCAAACUGACCCCGAUGCGCCGGAGAAGCUUCGCCGGGAGAAUCUAUCACGGUUUUGGGAGCGUAUGGUAGAAGACCAGACGAAUAAGACGGCCGCGAUGGCCGGAUCAAGCGAAGAAAAGGCCCUGGCUUCUUUGUCUGGUCACCGAAUCGCCGAGGCUUGCAAGCAUCUCCUUGAUGGCAAAAACUUUCGCCUAGCUACAUUGAUUUCUCUCAUUGGUGCUAACGAUGUUGUUCAGAAAGAUAUAAAAGAACAGAUGAAGGAGUGGCAAGAUGCAAAUGUUCUAUCCGAAUUCUCGCAACCGAUUCGCGCGCUUUACGAAAUGCUCAGUGGCAAUGUUUGUGCCUGUGAAGGAACCAAAGGGGCAUUGGAGAAUCGUACAGAGUCGUUCCUAAUCUCGAAGAGAUUUGGUCUCAAUUGGCAGCAAGCCUUUGGACUAAGGCUUUGGUACGCGACCUCAACGGAAGAUAGCAUUGCGGAUGCUGUGGAAAAGUAUAAGGAGGACGUGGAACAAGACAGGGAACUGCCGCCUACUACAUGGUUCAUAGAACAUGGCAUAAAGGGCAUCUGGAAUGAUCCAGAUGAGGAUCUACGAGAGGAUCUGCUUUGGGGAUUGUUGCGAUUAUACUCGGACACCCAAGUGGAUUUGGAAGCGGUACUACGACCGGAAAAUUCUCAAUUAUCCCCUCUUGACUUCCGACUAUGCUGGCAGUUAGGACAAGCGUUGACAUCUACCGGACGUGUCUCGUUCGGGAAGAAUGCCAUUGAGAAGUCCGAUGCUGUGACUAUCUCUUUUGCAUCACAAUUGACGAACGAGGGUAGCUGGCUUGAAGCAACCUUCGUUCUACUACAUCUUACCGAUCCUGAGGCUCGAUGCAAAGCGAUUCAGGACCACUUAUGUAGACACGCCGGAUUAAUCGGGAACGAAGACUCGAACAAUUUCAUAAAACUCACAACAGACUUCAAGGUUCCAAGGCAGUGGAUUUGGCACUCGAAGGCACUAUUUGCGCGGAGCGUCAAGAAAGACGCAAGCGCCGAAGUUCAGUGCCUUCUUCGUGCAGAGUCGUGGGCUGAAGCUCAUCGCACUUUUAUUAAAGAGGUUGCUCCGGCCACUAUUAUCGAGCGUGACUAUGACACCCUAGCCGACCUACUGCAACAAUUCGAAGGUUACCAUUCGCAGGUCCCCGACUGGAACGUCGGCGGCGAAAUCUACAAGGCGUUCCUUCAACUGAUGGGUUGUCAACGACGAGCAGAGAAUCCGUCCCCUGUUUUGGUCAAUGCUCUACUCGAAGGGUUGCCGGCCAUGCAUGGAAAUACCCCCGAAGCUGGUAUUACAGAAUAUGCGGCUUUGACAGACAUGGCGGCUGAGGUGGCAAAGGUGGUUACAGGUAUGGCGAAGGCAGGAGAGAUGGAACACGAGCGCAUAUUGCACCUACCUCUGACGGAGGACGUUUUGCUGAAGCAUUCCAGGGACCUCGCCUGGUCGCAUUACUCAACCGUGAUGGCAGGCUAAUAAGAACCUUCAAGCCGCAAUAUUAUAAGAAGGAAUGAAACAGAUAACAUAAGCACCCAUUUCUGUAUGAAGCAUGACAGUACCCUAUAGUAGAUAGAUAGUUCUUCGAUGGGGCUAGCGAUGUGCAUGGCUUAGCCUAAGCAUAGGUUAGGGGAGGGCCGAUUAAACCAGCCCGUAAUCGAGAAUCAUGAUGUUCGGAAUUUCUGGUGUCAUAGGGACGACAGCAGAAGAUCAUUGUAUUCGUGUAGCAUAAUAAAGUAGAUAGCAUAAAAUUUGCUAAUCCCCAA